AUGCAAAGAAAUAUUCUCAUUGCAGCAUGUGACGGCAUCCACUGGGGCACCAACUGCGCCAACACGUGCAGCUGCGGGUCCCGUGCAAACACCUGUGACCGAGUUGUAGGGUGUACGGACUGCGUGGCCGGCUGGGAGGGGGCGAACUGUGAGAACGACGUGGACGAGUGCGCGCAGAACACCACCAUCUGUGGUGCCAACGCCAUCUGCAAUAACACCAGGGGAUCGUACACGUGCGCAUGCGAAACAGGAUACAGAGCAGACCCUACUGGCUCUUGUCUGGAUAUAAAUGAGUGUGUUGAGGGGGGCACGAACUGCGAGGAGACAUGCACUAACACGCCUGGUGGCUUCAGCUGUGGCUGCAAUCCAGGAAAAACAUUGGUCAAUGAUACGCACUGUCAAGAUGUUGACGAGUGUGCCUUGAAGACAGACCGCUGUGACCAUGACUGUGCUAACACUGUGGGGAGCUACACGUGCUCCUGCUUCAAUUCUGACUAUCAGUUGGCUCUUGAUGGAUUUACGUGCAAUCAAGUGAACAACGCAACAUUAACUGUAUGUGUUAACGCGGGCCUUACCUGUAACCAAGGACUGUGCAAUGCAUCUAUUCCUGUUUGUUACUGUCUCUCUGGCUAUUUCCUUGGAAGCAGUGGCGCUUGUGAAGAUAUCAAUGAAUGCACAACGGGAGCAGACAACUGUAACCGCACGACGAGCGACUGCAAUAACCUAGGUGGCAGCUAUAACUGUACUUGCAGGACGGGCUUUGUGUUGGAUCAGAGUGACCAAAGAACGUGCAGAGAUAUAGACGAAUGCUCAACGUCAAACCAAUGCCACGCUAACGCGCAGUGCACCAAUACGGUGGGAUCCUACACGUGCGCGUGUGACGCCGGCUACACUGGAGACGGUCGGACAUGCUCGAAUAUUAACGAAUGCACUGCCUCGCCCUGCCAUGCUGACGCCACAUGUACGGACACGGAGGGCUCCUACGUUUGUAAAUGUAAACCGGGCUUUGAGGGAACUGGACUCGCGUGUACUGAUAUCAAUGAAUGCACGUCAUCGCAUGACUGCAGUCCCAAUGCUGACUGUACUAACACGCCCGGAAGUUACACUUGCUCGUGUAGAAACGCCUUCACUGGGGAUGGAAUUGUUUGUAGGCCAUUACAGGGAGUUAAAGUGUUAAUGAAUUUCGACAACGAGUAUUCCGCCUCUCGGUACCAGCCAGGAAGCACGGAUUAUUCCUUGUUAGUGAGAACGUUGAACGAGUUCUAUGCAAAUUUCACUGAUUUCAACCGGGUAGAGAUUACUGAGAUAAGAAACGAUAACGGCCUCGCCGUCUACUACACGGUACUGGUGAACACGACGAGCCCAGACAACGAAACCAUCAGCGCCAUCUCAGUGUACAUUUUGGCCAAUCUUCAACGGGUCAAUAAUGUUCUGAUCGAUACCACCAGCAGGGCUAGUUACAGAGUGAGACAGACACCGGCCUUGAUACAAGGCGCGGUAUCAGAUAUCGAUGAAUGCAUCUUCAACCGAGGUGGCUGCCAUACUGCCGCAGCGUGUAUCAAUACUAUUGGGAGUUUCAGUUGCACGUGUAACAGUGGAUACUUUGGAAACGGGUUCACAUGUGACACGGAGGUUAACUACGGAGAUAUAGACGAAUGCUCAACGUCAAACCAAUGCCACGCUAACGCGCAGUGCACCAAUACGGUGGGAUCCUACAAGUGCGCGUGUGACGCCGGCUACACAGGAGACGGUCGGACAUGCUCGAAUAUUAACGAAUGCACUGCCUCGCCCUGCCAUGCUGACGCCACAUGUACGGACACGGAGGGCUCCUACGUUUGUAAAUGUAAACCGGGCUUUGAGGGAACUGGACUCGCGUGUACUGACAUCAAUGAAUGCACGUCAUCGCAUGACUGCAGUCCCAAUGCUGACUGUACUAACACGCCCGGAAGUUACACUUGCUCUUGUAGAAACGCCUUCACCGGGGAUGGAAUUGUUUGUAGGCCAUUACAGGGAGUUAAAGUGUUAAUGAAUUUCGACAACGAGUAUUCCGCCUCUCGGUACCAGCCAGGAAGCACGGAUUAUUCCUUGUUAGUGAGAACGUUGAACGAGUUCUAUGCAAAUUUCACUGAUUUCAACCGGGUAGAGAUUACUGAGAUAAGAAACGAUAACGGACUCGCCGUCUACUACACGGUACUGGUGAACACGACGAGCCCAGACAACGAAACCAUCAGCGCCAUCUCAGUGUACAUUUUGGCCAAUCUUCAACGGGUCAAUAACGUUCUGAUCGAUACCACCAGCAGGGCUAGUUACAGAGUGAGACGGACACCGGCCUUGAUACAAGGCGCGGUAUCAGAUAUCGAUGAAUGCAUCUUCAACCGAGGUGGCUGCCAUACUGCCGCAGCGUGUAUCAAUACUAUUGGGAGUUUCAGUUGCACGUGUAACACUGGAUACUUUGGAAACGGGUUCACAUGUGACACGGAGGUUAACUACGGAGUGAACAUAACAUUGGAUGUGGUGAACCCAGCUCCUUACUUGAUAGUGGGUUCUGCUGAGUAUACCGUACUUAGAAAAGCGCUGGUCUCACUCCAUGACGGUUUUGCAGGUUUUGUGAGUUUAGUUAUAAUGAACUUGCGUGACGGUAGUCUUAUAGUUCAGUACACGGUAAAAGUGAACACAACGGGGGGCGAUGUAAACGCUACCACGCAGGCUUUCAGAGAACACAUGUUGCAACAGCUUAUUCCAAACAACUACGUCAUAGUUUACGAAAACAGUCGCUUUCGGGUAAUAGAAGCGCCGGUAGUAGACGGUGUGCCAUUACAACAGUGUACGGUGCUGGGUUGCCAGAACGGGGGCGCUUGUGAUGGCAGUGCAUAUGGUUACUGUUCAUGUGUGACAGGCUACAGCGGUAGCCAAUGCCAGACCAAAUCUGGGCUGACAAAUGAUGAAAUAGCCAUAGUGGCGGCCAGCACCGUCGGCGGCAUUCUACUCAUCGUUGCGAUAUGCAUCCUCGUUAUUGUGAUCAUUUACAAAAAGAGGAAAGCGAAGAAGGAGAAGCUACGGGCAACUAGAUAUGAUAACUUUUUACAUGGAGCAUACGGACCAACCAGUGGGGUUUUUCAUCCCAAGUAUUUCCCCAACUGGCAGUACAUGGGAAGAGGCCGAGACCCGGGGUCGGGGAGCAGUCGUACUAGUAGUUCCGGGUAGUCGGAGCAGCAGCUCAGGCAGUGACUUUUUGCACAGAAAUGGAGGCUACGCCAAUUAUGGGGGGCGCCACGGAUAUCCGGACAUGGACUCUAACGGGUGGGAAAGCAUGCUUACUGGCAACUUGAAACCAGAUCACGAAUUCAGGAUAUCGCGGCCUCAAGUGGGGUAUGGGAACGGCUUCCACAAUCCGAUUCGACUAAGACCUGAAACGAACGCAUGAUAUCAUAUUUCUCCACAUCUACUUUACGAUUAAUUCGCCCACCAUGUCACGUGUGAAGUGACUCGGGGGGAACUACAUGUAUUCAUGAAAUAUACUAGUAUUGAACACGUUUAAUGAACAUGUGAGCAUGUAAAGACAUCCAGUCAACCAAUAACAUGUAGUAGGCUACGUGUUGAAAUAAAAGUAGCUCUG